AUGGCUGCCGCCAAGUUCAGUCCUCUGUGCCGUCCAAACCUAAAGCUUUCUCUUUUCUCACUCCCCUCCUCCCAGAUCAGCCUCCAAUCAUUCUCCUCUCUCCCACCGCCGCCGUCGCCGCCGCCGCAGAACCUGGAACUUGACCCAUCUGAAAACACAGUCUCCACAGUUGUCUCCAUUCUCAAGCACCGCCGAUCAAAAUCCCGUUGGAACGAAGUCUUCACUCUCUUCCCCCAAGGUUUCACUCCCACCCAGUUUUCCGAAAUCACUCUCAGCAUUAGAAACAAUCCCCGUCUCGUUCUCCGAUUCUUCGAUUUCACUCUCCGCCGCUCCCUCUGCCCACAUGAUUUAUCAUCUUACUCAACCAUUAUUCACACUCUAGCUCGCGCCCGUCUCAAAUCUCAAGCCCUAGACACUAUCCGAUCCGCUCUUCGUCAUUUCCCAGCCGAAACUCCAACCUCUUCUUCAUCAAAUCCUCCUGAAUUACUUAAAUAUCUGGUCAAAUCCUAUAGGAAGUGCGAUUCAGCUCCCUUCGUGUUCGAUUUGCUUAUCGAGGCUUGUCUUUUAUCUAAAAAAAUCGAUCAAGCCAUCGACAUAGUCCGACUUCUACGAUCUCGAGGUGUUUCCCCUACUGUCACUACUAGCAAUUCAUUACUCAGUUCGAUUUCGAAAUAUCGAGGUUGUCAAGCUUGUUACGAUAUGUACAAUGAAAUCUUCUGCUCCCAAGGCAGUAAUGUGGCAAAUGUACAUACUUUUAACGCAGUUAUGCUAUCUUUCUAUCAACAUGGAGCGGUAGAUGAUUUAAAAGAGAUUUGGGUUCAGAUGAAUAGAGUAGGGUGUGAACCGAAUGCAUACAGUUACAGCAUUUUAAUGUCGGUUUACUGCGAUGAUGGUGAUACAUUGGAGGCUUUAAAGAUGUGGGAAGAGAUGAGUGUUAAGGGUUUAAGGCGCGAUGUCAUGUCAUACAAUACAUUGAUCGGUGGGUUUUGCAGAACGGGCAAUAUGGAGCGAGCUGAAGAAUUCUAUAGAGAAAUGGAGAUGAAUGGAAUAGAGAGUACUUGUGUCACUUACGAGCUUCUGAUGAAUGGGUAUUGUAAGAAUGAUGAUAUGGAUUCUGUAAUGAUGCUUUAUAAGGACACGCGUAGGAAAGGGUUUAAACCCGAGGAAUAUGUAAUUGAUGCUGUUGUUAGAGGGUUUUGUAGGAAUUUGAGGGUUCUCGAGGCUUUAAAGAUUGCAACGGAUCAUGAUGAGCUUAUACGAAAGAGGAAUACCUAUGAGAUCCUAAUAAAGGGUUUAUGUGAAGAAGGAAUGAUGAAGGAAGCGCAAAAUGUUCAGGCAAGGAUGGUGGGAAAAGGAUUUUUGCCUAAUUCAGAAAUUUACAAUGCUUUCAUAUCUGGUUACAGUAAACAGGGGAAUGAAUAUGAUGAAGUUGUAAGAUCACUAAGGAUGGAAAUGGUUACAGUGAUGGAAGUAGCCAAAGAUUGA